AUGACUAAGAAAGCUGCUACUCCGAUGAGAAAUACAGGCUCUUAUGCUGAGAAUCGUUCAAAAAGAAUUAACGAUCCUAGGCGUUCUAAGGAAUAUGUUGAUUCGAAGACCAAACGUAAUGUGGAUGAGGAUGAUGAUGAAGAGGUAUCUAAAUUUUUGGUUACCAAGCACCCUGCUGUGGCACCAUCUAUGUGUAGAUACACGAAUGUUAAUGUAAUGCAAGAUAUUAGAGGCAAACUAACAGAUCCACAAAUGGAUAUGCUUAUGGUUGAGUAUUUUGGUAGAAAUCAGGAGAACCAAUUGCCAGUUAAAAGACACGAGCUUAUUGAGUGUUUCAACAAGACUGUCUGGGAUGAUAAAGGGGAUGACGCAGUCAAGAUGGCAAUAUUAUUUGAGGAAGUUGUGCCAACACCCCAUGAGUUGGAAACUCUUAAAUUGCCUCCUGUUGCACAUGACAUACCAGACGUCAAACAUGGAGUUGAUGGUGUACAUGGUACUGAUUUGGUAGACGAUGAUUACGAUAAUUUUAGUACCACACCACCGCAUUUGUCCAGUGGCAAACAGCAACAAUGGAGUGCCAAUUCUGAUUCCCCGCGAGGCAAGAAACGGACGCAGUUUCCAGUUUCUGUUCCUCCUUCCAGGAAACAACCAUCACGGAAGGAAUCUGGGAUAAAAGGGACAAGGAAACCAGAUGCACCUACAGCACCCCGAACAGAUGAGUUUAAACUGAUAAGGGAAGAGAUUCGGAUUUUCAAGAAAGAAGUGUUUGACUACAUGGAUAACAACUUCAAAAAGUUGUUAGAUGCAAUAAAGGGCAAUCAAACACCAGAUAAGGUCGGCGACACAAUGUUAAAAGCUGACUUACAUAGUGAUGGUGGGAUUUCUCAAGGCAAUCAAAGUGGCGGUGCAGUAAAGCUUUCAACCAAAGAGAAUCAAGGUGGUGGUGCCACUUCCGCGCAGAGGAGUCAUCCAGUGGUUGAGGGAGUUGGGUUGCCAAUUAAUGAUCCGGUUUCUGUUGUUGAUGUGGAUAAAGAAACCGGAGUUAAAAGUGAUGCACAAACAGAUGGAGUGCCCAUAACACCAAUCCAUUUAAAUUUUGAUGAAUCUCAGCAAAUCGGCGAUAUGGAGAAUGCUAAUGCUGAAUUUACCGCAUCAGAGGAAAUGGUAGCGGACUUGCUAAUCAACUGCCCUUUAGCAUGUGUUAUUCCUCUCGGUCCUCCUCCAGUACCACGCGAUGAUCAAACCGAUUUGUCAAGUUUAAGGACUCCUCAGAAUGUGGACAAUAACCCGGUAACCAUCUCUCAGUGGAUGAUUCCUGAUUCUCAGAUACCAAUCCAACUUGGAGUACAACCAACAACCGGACAAAGUUCAACUAAUGAAACUGAACAGCAAGUUGGAGUACAACCGAUAGUUGGCCACAAUUCAAGCGAUGAAACUGGACAACAAGUUCCCGUACAACCAAAUGCGGGCCAAAGCUCAAGUGGUGAGACUGCACAGUUUUCAAACUCUGAAAAACAGAUCAUUGUCCAUCCAGGUGCUGCCCAAGAAAGGAAACCAAGCAAAUAUAACCUGUCCCCUUAUUGUCCCAAUUUCAGCUCAGCGGGUUCUUCUGCCAAAAAUAUCGGUCCUUGCAUUUAUCAGAAAAAACACCCAUUUGUUGACCACCCUAUAAAUGCCCCGUUAGAUACUUCGUUUCUUCAAGAAUAUCAAAAGUGGCUUGAGAAGGAUCUGUUGAAAUCGCAUGACAAAAGGAAGCCAAAUGAAAAUCAUUACAGAAAGAACAAGGAAGGACUCGAUCCUGCGAAUGCCGAACUUCGGUUGCAUUUAGGCGUUACAGCCGUAGCCGACAAAAACUGGUUCUACUUGUUAUCUAUGGAUGGGCAACUUUGGACUGAUGAGGUUGAUGGAGUAGGUUUAGACAUUAAUUUACUAGUUGAGCACAGUACUGUCCAGCAUAUUGAUGUUAUUUUCUACUACCUACGCAAGAAGGGGAAGUAUCACAAUAACAACAACUAUAGAUUCACCACUGCCAGCUGUAUUUUUCACACUUUAGUUGCUGAAAUUUACAAAUCUUGGGAAAACCCUGAUUCAUCCACAUGUGUCGCCAGUAAGGAAGAUGAACUGUGUGAGUACAUUAACGGGCACAGGCUGUUGGCUAAUGUACCAUGGUAUACUGUUGACAACGUACUAAUUCCUGUCAACAUAAAAGAGGAAAAUCACUGGAUUUUGGUUGUGAUAUCAUUCACUGACAGGUCCAUCUACGUAUACAACUCAUACCGAGCUGCAGGGCAUGAUGCUGUCGUUAGAGUCGGAGUGAAAAUGUUGGCUACUCUAGUGACACAUAGUCUACAAAUGACUGAUUUCUAUGAGAAGAAGGGGGAUAUAGAUUUUGUCACACAUCCUUCUUACAGAAAUAGAGAACAGACCGACAACUUUGACAUUGUGAAUGUAGACAAUCUCCCGCAACAAGCUCCCUCUAGCAUGGAUUGUGGUGUGUAUGUGGCAGCCUUCGCUGAAUACUUGAGCUCAAGUGCAGUCAUCCCAACCGAAUUCGAUGCAAAGUUACUCCGUAUGAGAUAUGGUGCCCUUUUAUGCGACUAUGCAUGGGAUAAGUCAAACAACAAUGCAUCAAGUGAUAACGAGCAGCCUCCAAGACCAAUUAGACCGGCAGUUGAUUACGAUGCAGUUGAUAAAGAGGAUCUUGAUUAGGCCACCAAUUCAUUUGUGUUUUUGAUUUUCAUGUUGAACAAUAGCAUAGUUGGUUGCGACUUUUGUUGCUGUUUUUUCAUUUUGGAUAUAUUGUUUCAUGUGUAGUAAUCUUUUUUAGGAUGAUUAAUA